UGCUUUUGGGCACCAUGUCGGGGGAGAGAGGCGCGGCUGCGGGGACGCCCCCUCCUCCGCGCUUGCUGGCCCCUCCGCCGCCCCCGCCCAAGAACGGCUGCAGCUCGGACAGCUCCGUCGGGGAGAAGCUGGGGGCCGCCGGCGCGGAUCCCGACGGCUCCGAGGGUGGCGGCGGUCGCCACGAGGAGUACCUCCGACGCCGCCACACCAUGGACAAGGACAGCCGCGGCGUGGCCGCCACCGAGCACCGGUUUUUCCGCCGGAGCGUCAUUUGCGACUCCAACGCGACCGCCUUGGAUCUUCCCCGGCUACAGCCCGCAGCACCUCCCCCUGCCGCAGCCGGCCGAGGGAGCAUCCCGCCCGUGCUGGGCUCGCCGCCGGAGUCUGUCAUCCAGGCCACAUGCGCCUCCGACGCCACCAGCCAAGUCCCCACGCUGGUCCUGCCGCAGCAGCAGCAGCCCUCGCUGCCUCCUCCUGCAGAGGGACAGGCCGGGCAAGAGCCCCUCGUAGCGAAGGACGUGGCCCCGCUGCUGCUGACUAAGGAGGAGGGCUUGGAGGCCACCGCGCUGCCCCCGACCAGCACAGCCGGAAGCACUGCUACUACUACUACCCGGGAUCUACAAGAGGAACGCAGUCGGCAGCAGGAAGAUAUCGAGGAGCUGGAGACCAAAGCCGUGGCCUUUUCCCCUGAUGGUCGCUUCCUUAAGUUUGAUAUCGAGAUUGGCAGAGGCUCCUUCAAGACUGUCUACAAGGGACUGGACACUGAAACCACAGUGGAAGUGGCGUGGUGCGAGCUUCAGGAUCGGAAGCUUUCCAAAUCAGAACGGCAGCGGUUUAAGGAGGAGGCCGAAAUGCUGAAAGGGCUUCAGCAUCCGAACAUUGUACGGUUCUAUGAUUCUUGGGAAUCAACAGUGAAGGGAAAGAAGUGUAUUGUUCUGGUUACAGAGCUUAUGACAUCUGGCACUCUGAAAACAUACUUAAAAAGGUUUAAAGUGAUGAAAAUCAAAGUGCUGCGGAGCUGGUGCCGGCAAAUACUGAAAGGCUUACAGUUCCUGCACACACGCACACCCCCCAUUAUCCACCGUGAUCUGAAGUGUGACAACAUCUUCAUCACUGGCCCUACAGGAUCUGUCAAGAUAGGAGACUUGGGUCUGGCAACUUUAAAGCGAGCUUCGUUUGCAAAGAGUGUGAUAGGUACCCCAGAGUUCAUGGCACCCGAGAUGUAUGAGGAGAAAUACGAUGAAUCCGUUGAUGUAUAUGCUUUUGGAAUGUGUAUGCUUGAGAUGGCUACGUCUGAAUAUCCUUAUUCUGAGUGCCAAAAUGCUGCGCAGAUCUACCGUCGAGUGACCAGUGGUGUCAAGCCAGCUAGCUUUGAUAAAGUAGCAAUUCCUGAAGUCAAAGAAAUCAUAGAGGGAUGCAUCCGUCAAAACAAAGAUGAAAGAUAUGCUAUCAAGGAUCUGUUGAAUCAUGCAUUCUUCCAGGAAGAAACCGGUGUGCGGGUAGAGCUGGCAGAGGAAGAUGAUGGAGAGAAAAUUGCCAUCAAGCUCUGGUUACGAAUUGAAGACAUUAAAAAACUUAAGGGAAAAUACAAGGACAAUGAAGCAAUAGAAUUUUCUUUUGACUUGGAGAGAGAUGUCCCAGAGGACGUUGCACAGGAAAUGGUUGAGUCUGGGUAUGUCUGUGAAGGGGAUCACAAGACAAUGGCCAAGGCCAUAAAAGACAGAGUUUCCUUAAUCAAGCGAAAAAGGGAGCAGCGCCAGCUGGUGAGAGAAGAGCAGGAGAAAAGAAAGCAAGAAGAAGUCAAUCAGAAACAGCAGAUAGAACAGCAAUUGCAAGCAGGUGCUACUCAGCAAGGGGCAAAGCAAGCUGCUGUCGCCUCUGGCACCACAGCUGUUCCUGCUACUUCAGCUUCAGUUUCUACACAAGUGGAGCCUGAGGAACCAGAAGCUGAUCAGCAUCAACAGCUGCAGUAUCAACCGCCAAGCACCUCAGUGCUCUCUGAUGGGACUAUUGACAGUGGUCAGGGAUCAUCCCUUUUUACUGAAUCAUGUGUGAGUAGCCAGCAGACUGCUUCCUACGGUUCCCAACAUGAACAGUCUAUCCCAACAGUUCCAGCCCCAGGGUACACAGUUCCGGUUGUCCAGCCUCAGUCGCAACAGCCUGGAGGAUAUCAGGCAUCUGCAGGGCCUCGAAGUGGCUGUAGCAUGUCAGUUGGUGCUUCCCCUCUUUCUUUCCCCCCUCUCCGCAACAUCCCUUUCAGUGCUCCUUCCACUCCUCCAUCAGCAUUGUCUGCACCUCUCUCUCCCUCCUACCUUCGGACUGCUCCUGAGGAAACCUUUGGUGAAAAGCUUUCCAAAGCCCUGGAGAGUGUCCUGCCCAUGCACACUGCCUCUCCACGCAACCACCGGCGUUCCAGCCUGCCUGCCCUCUUUGUCAACCCUCCUCACUCCAUGGUGCAUCCGUGUGGGGGAACCCCAACAUUCCCAGAUUCCCAAGUAUUCUUUCCAACCGUUCAUGAACGGCCUGUGUCCUUCUCACCACCACCCAUCUGCCCUUCGAGGGUGGCCUUUUCUCAGCGGCGCAAGAGCACUUCCAUCCUUGAAGCCCAAACGUGCCACUUCCAGCCAUUGCUCAAGACUGGUCAGAGUUUGCUCCUCCCAGUCGGUAGUCCAACUGCUUGGACACCCGAAGCGCUAGUGACAAUGAGCACCACGGCUCACAAAGCCACAGGAGAGCAUAUGCAGGCUAACCCGGUAUUUGAGACGGCUCAAGUGUUUGGUGAUUACAGGCCUGGACAGGCUCCUUCUGAGGAUGCUAAAAACGUGUUGACUCAAGAAGCAGUAUAUUUAAUGAGCAUGCAUUAUCAGCCCCAAUUGCCUGAACACUAUGAUGCUGCAUCCCAUAAUUCCCAUGGGUCUGAGCAACACUUGCAGCAGGCACCUGAACCAAGAAAUGUACAUGGUGGCCCUCUUCAGGGUUCUACAUUUGAGUAUCCAACAGGGCAAACUUUUUUGGCAAGACAAAUUCAGAACUUGAGGCUGGAUUCUGGAAUGAAUCCACUAUCGCCAUUGCCUAGUAUGUCAGCCCCACUGAGCGCGGAUCCCAACCAGAUGAGUUUUCACCCGGUAUUCGUUCCACAUUCUGCUCCUGCUGUGCUCACGCAAAGUGGCGAUGGCAGAACAAGCUGUGUGUUUGAGUUCCAUGUUCAGGCAUCCAGCGCAUCUCCAGGAGAAGGUGCAGUCAUCCCCCAGCGUGUUUAUAGGAAUCGUCGAGGUUCUGCUGAUUGUAAUCAGGAGGAGUCUCCUCAAACUACUGUACAGCCUGGUCGCCUUCAGCCUGUCACAGAAGAGCAGUGUCACUUCCUGGGCUCUGAACUCAUGGUGUCUAGAGGUAGUUCUGUUCUACAGAUCUGGCCAGAAGGGAGCCCAGGAUACUCCAGUGACUCCUCACAGUUGACUUCCUCAGACACUGGUGACUUUCUGUCUCCUCCUCCCACUGGGGCUUCUGCAUCAUAUGUUUCAGAUUUGUCUCUGCCUGCUUCCCAACUGGCUCAGAAGGUAUUUCCAGAUUCGCAGGUCUUCAUCCAUUUCCCACAGGGAACUUCAUCUCAACAGGCUUUCUCGACACUGGUUUCUUCAGGACCAUCUACACUCUAUUCUCAGACGCAGCUGCCAGGGCAGCCAACUUCAAGUGGUUCAUCAGUAGGCCCAUCUUCCCAGGUUAUGCAUCAAAGCCAGCAGAGUUCUCAUCAGCCAGCUUCUUCUCAGCAGACUGGUCAGUAUCAGGUUCAGCAGCCAUCAGUGUCAAGUGGAGCUGCAUCAUCCCAACCAGUUACACAAACAGCACAAAUCAUGCCUAUGCCUCAGGUGGCAACUGGGACACAGCUUCCUGUUUCCCAGCAAAUGCCGAUCAUCCAAGGUGAACCGCAGUUACCCGUUUCAGCUCCUACACUUCCUCAGCCUUCAGUUGCCCCAACGAUGCCCAUUGGCUCUCAUUAUCUCCCUAUGGGCCAGCCACUACAAGCCCCUCUUCUUCCACAGUUCUCGGUCUCUCAGCUGCCCAUAGCAGCCCCUCACGCCUCAGUGGCUCAGCCCGGCUUCCCAUCCCUACCCAUCUCUAUGGCAGCUGGAAUGAACCAGCCUUUGCUCACUCUGGCCACAUCUGCAGCAGCAGCUGCUAUCCCUGUGGGCUCCACUGUUGUCCCUAGCCAGAUUCCACCUCUCCUUCAGCCUGUGGCUCAGCUGUCCAGCCAGGGUCUCCCUCAGCUUCUGCAGCCAACUGUUCAGUCCGUGGGAUUGCCAUCAACUCUCGGACAAGCUGAAGUACCGCUUCCAGCUACAGAUGCUGUGUACCAGGGCUUCUCACCUCGGCUGCCAGCGCUGUAUACAGGAGAUUCAAAUAUUGCUCCCUCUUCUAUGGCCUCUGCUUGCCUCCCUUCUUCAGUACUGUCCCCUCCCUUACCCACAGAUGCGUUGCCUCAGCCAGGCUAUCUUGCUGCAGUAGUGCAGCCUUAUGUGGAACAGAAUUUAGUUCCUUUGGGCAGUCUAGGAGGACAGGCCCAAGUGCCACAGCCUGUUGCCUGUUUAGCCCAGCAGGCUCCCUCUGCAUCCUCGCAGCAAUCAGCAUUAGAGAGUACAUCUGGAGUGUCUCAGGCUGCACCCUCAGAGCCUCAACAACCAGUGCAGCAACAGCCUUCGCAGCCAGCUCCAUUGGUUUCCUCAGUAGACAGUGCACAUUCAGAUGUUGCUUCAGGCUUAAGUGACUGCAAUGAGAGUGCUCCAGCCUCUAGUGGAAGACACGAAGGGAGGACCACAAAACGGCAUUAUCGGAAGUCGGUACGCAGCCGCUCUCGCCAUGAAAAGACUACACGUCCAAAACUGAGAAUUCUCAAUGUUUCAAACAAAGGAGAUCGGGUUGUGGAAUGCCAGCUAGAGACGCACAAUAGAAAAAUGGUUACUUUUAAAUUUGACUUGGAUGGGGACAACCCAGAAGAAAUAGCCUAUAUUAUGGUGCAAAAUGAAUUUAUUUUGGCAACAGAGAGAGAAUCGUUCAUUGAGCAGGUGCGGGAGAUCAUAGAAAAAGCAGAUGAAAUGCUCAGUGAAGAUGCCAGUGGGGAGCCAGAAGGCGAUCAAAGCAUGGACAGUAUGCAAAGCCAGAAAUUAGAUGGAGACUUCAAACAGCCGGAUCCCGUGUCUUCCAUGCCACAAAGAAUUGGUGUUCCUCCUAGUUCAUUGACUCAGGUUGUCCAUUCUGCCGGAAGACGGUUUAUUGUCAGUCCUGUUCCAGAGAGCAGGUUACGAGAACAGAGAUUUUUUACUUCCAUUCCAUCAGAAAACGAACUUUCUGAUGUUGGUGUAGCUUCCCCUCCUCACGGCCCUGGAAUGAAUCUAUCUCACUCUGCGUCAUCGCUCAGCCUGCAACAAGCAUUCUCAGAGCUGAAGCAUGGGUCACUGACAGAAGGACCAAGCACGGCACCCCCAGUUUUUAACCAGGCCAUACCAGCUUUUCCAUCUCUCACUACAAGUGAGACCGGGCCACAGCUAUCAGCAUCAGUCACCGCUCCUCCAGUGUCACUUCCUUCCACCACUAGUGUUCCUCUACCAGCAACUCAGUCUGUUACCACACAGCCAAUAGAAAAACUGGCUGCUGAACCAGACCAGUUUGGUUCAAACUCUCCCCCAACCGUGUUACAAUCUGGGCCACAGUUAGUUGGCACAGUGGCUUCCAGUAUCAGCACACCUUCUUUUUCAUCAACAGCGUCCCAGGCAGCUUCUGCCAUUGGAGAAGUUGUCCCUAGUGUUAGUACCCCUGCUUCUCUAAUGUUGCCGCAGCCUGGAACAACGGGAUCUAGUGUUGCUAUAUCAGGAGCCGUGACACAGUCUGUGACUUGUCAGCAAGCUGGUGGUUCAUUUCUGGCAGCUUCCCAAACAUCUGUGUCUUUGACACAGAGCAUGGUUUCUCAGCCUUCACAACUGAGCACUAGUAGCUCUGUCCCUACCCUAGCAGAAAUGGUGACUGUCAGCGUCCUGCACCCCAAAUCAGAGAGUGAGCAGUUGUCAGACAAGCCGCAGCCGGACAGUACAAGUGGGAUGGCUUCUGUACCCUUACCCUCUGCUGUAGCAUCAAGUAUGUCUGGCUCUGUGUGUCAGUCUGCUGGGGUACAGCCACUUCCCAACCCACUGGUAGUUACCUCAGCUAUCCUAGCCCCAGCAGCAGGUGCAGUCUCUACUCCAGUAUUACCCCAGGUUCCUUUGCCUGGCAUCCUGCCACAGGCACAGCCAAUGGCUAAUGUGCCUGUGGUGCAGCAGACUUUAGUACAUAGUCAGCCUCAACCAGCUCCAUUGCCCAAUCAACCUCAUACGCACUGUCUGGAAGCAGAUGCCGAUGCUCAGCCCAAAGCACCUGGCAUAGAUGACAUAAAAACCCUGGAAGAAAAACUGCGAUCACUCUUCAGUGAACACGGCGCUGCUGGAGCAGCCCACCCAUCAAUGCCCCUGGACACAUCAUUAGCUGUAGAGACGACGGUCAUGCCUGGCUUGCCAACAACCGUUGUUGCACCCACGAAGCCUGUGGCUCCUGUUGCAAGCGCUAACGUACCACCUGCCACCUUGCCACUUGGCUCAACAAGUUUGCCUGUCAUGACGCCUGUUGCUACACCUGUUCAGUCAGGUACCCCAGUCAGCUGUGUCCCAGCAGCAUCUGUCACUGCGCCAGGAUCAACAAAACCAGGGACUCCUCCUUCAAAGCCUCCUCUUAGCAGAGUUCCAGCUCCAGUAGGUUCUGAACUUCCAGCUGGCACUCCACCCAGUGAGCAGCUGCCACCUUUUCCGGGACCUUCACUAACUCAGUCCCAGCAACCUCUAGAAGACUUGGAUGCUCAGUUGAGAAGAGCUCUGAGUCCUGAGACUGUCCCAACAACAUCAGCUACAACCUGUCCCCUGCAAUCUGCGACUUCUACAACUGUUACUGGAGCAGUGAGUGCAGCAGAGCAGCCUACAAGUACCGAUUCUCGGGAUGCAGAGAGUUGUGCCACUACUACUGCCUCAGGGGUUGCAGUUCUUAAGAUGGGUCGCUUUCAGGUGUCAGUGGCUGUGGAUGAUCAGAAAGUUGGUGGAAGUAAGCCCAAGCAUUUUGACACAACCACCUCGGAUUCCUCAUCGUUGUCCAGCAGUAGCCCAGAGAGUACUCUGGUGAAGUCAGGCCCCAGUGGAACUGCCAAAACCACGGCAGCUCCCCCAGAUGUGGUGGAUGGUGUCUUUUCACAAGCUUCCACCAUGCCACUGCAGCCGACUAAGGUUGGGCGUUUCCAGGUGACAACAACAACUGACCAAGUGGGUCGCUUUUCUGUAUCAAGAACCCAAGAUGAGGUGACCUGUGUGGAGAGGGAUAUCCCUGGAAUAGUCCCUCUGUCUGCAGAGUCGGAGCAGGCUUCUUCGCCGCUCACGACUCCUAGAUCAGAGCUUGUGGGGAGAAGAUUUUCCCUGCAGCUGAAUGGACCGUCGUCUGAGCUGGAAGCUGCCUUCCUGAGUAGGGCAGCUAAGGAAAUGUAUGAAGGCUCAGGCAGUCCAGACUCACUCCAUCCACCUGGGUCCAAGCUCAGUCUUCCAGCCCAAAGCCUUAGCAACUCAUUUAACUCUUCCUACAUGAGUAGUGAUAAUGAGUCGGAUAUAGAAGAUGAAGACUUGAAGUGUGAGCUGCGCCGAUUACGUGAGAAGCACCUUAAAGAGAUCCAGGAGCUUCAGAGUCGCCAGAAGCUGGAGAUUGAACUGCUUUAUACAAAACUGGGGAAGGUGCCUCCAGCUGUCAUCAUCCCUCCAGCCGCUCCUCUGUCAGGAAGGCGGCGAAGACCUACUAAAGGAAAAAGCAGCAAAUCCAGCCGCAGCAGUUCCCAGGGUAACAAGAGCCCUCAGAUUUUGGGCAAUCUGUCUGCUCAGAGUGCACCUUCAGUCUUGCCCCCGCAACAGACCUUACAACCUCCUGGCAGUACCCCAGAGAUAGGACAGAAUCAUCUGUUACAGCCCCUUAAACCAUCGCCUUCUAGCGAGAACCUCUAUUCUGCCUUUACCAGUGAUGGUGCCAUUUCCAUACCAAGCCUUUCUGCGCCGGGCCAAGGGACCAGCAGUACUAAUACAGUUGGAGGCGCAGUGAACAGCCAGGCGCCUCAAUCUCAGCCUCCUGCCUCUAGCCGGAAAGGGACUUUUACCGACGACUUGCACAAGCUAGUGGACAACUGGGCUCGUGAUGCCAUGAACCUUUCUGGCAAGAAAAACAGCAAGGGUCACAAUAAUUAUGAGGGCCCGGGAAUGGCGAGGAAAUUCUCUGCACCAAGCCAGCUCUGCAUCUCGAUGUCAUCCUCUCUUGGUGCUACGCCCAUCUCUGCAGCAUCAGCUACCUCUCUAGGUCACUUCACAAAGGCCAUGUGCCCCCCUCAGCCGUACGGUUACCCAACAGUGCCCUUUGUAGCUCCCUGGAGUGGGACAGGUGGUCCAGCACAGCAGCCUUUAGGCCAGUUCCAGCCUGUUGGAGCUGCCUCAUUGCAAAACUUCAACAUCAGCAACUUGCAGAAAUCUAUCAGCAACCCCCCAGGCUCUAAUUUGCGGACCACUUAAUGAGACCCAGACACACUGCUGGGUAGAACUUGGGGGGGAGACAGGGCCCUGAAUCAACUUCUAGGCUGGAAUGAACUGGCUGUUAGUGCCCAAAGGGGAGCAACUUCCCCCUCUCACCAUUGCUCUUUGCUCUCAGUAAGAAAAGCCCCCCAUUCUGAAGAUGGGGAGAAGGGUUAUCAGGAUCUUCCAUGAUGGGACACUCUUCCUCUUGUUCUUGUAUGUGGCAAAGUAUGUAACGAUGGAAGUCACCAAGCAAAGCAGUGGCCUUUUGCAAAACAACCAGGGUUCAAGAGGCUGAAUCCAUAGUGGUUUGAGAGGAGAGAGUUGCUAUUUGUUCUAGCAUGAAUCUUUAGUCUGCCGUUUGUCUUGCUCCAAGGAAUCAAGCUUAGGGAAAAGCUGUCCCAUGUUUCCAUCUUGUCUCUCCCUUCCCUCAAAAUAUCACGCCGGAGUUCCUGAGAUGAUGGGGCACAGAAGUGGACUUGCAGAACAGCCCAUGCUUUGAGAUAGGUCAUUACUGCUUUAAAGUAAAAGAUAUUAACAGCUUUGACUGCAGCAUUAGAGCAAUUUAAAAUUGUUUAGAAGAUAAAUUUUUAAAAGUUCCCUGCGGACAUGUACUUACCAUCAGUUUUGAUGUGGAAACACUGUGAUAUAUAAAUGUUGUUGGACAACAGUAGUUUAAAAAUGAGUGGCGUACAGAGGGUUAAACAAGUUAAAAGGAAAAAAAUGGGGGGAAAGCUAGCUAUAUCCUGAUACUUAUUGGAGACACUUUAACUUUUUUCCUUUGUAUUUUCAUUGUAUUAGAUAAAUGUGAAUGUAUAAUUGUAUAAAUUAAUGUACUUGAAUACUUGUCUGUUCUCCCAGUAUGCUUGCUGGAUAUUUUAGUGCCUUGGACUUUUAUUGCUUCUGCAGUUAGCAUCACCAUCCCAGCAGACUUUAGACAGGUGGAGGGAAAUGGUGGUUAUUUGGACACAGUCACUGGAAUACCAAAGGGUUAACACAUUGGAUGUUUAUACUGUAAUAGUGUCUAGAGUAAGUGUUGGACGGGGAGCUACUGCAUCUGUACGUUGGGAAAGUAAAGUUACAGAGUGAAGGGGGAACAUACAAUGUCGAUGACACAACAGCGAGGAAGGUUUAAUGUGGGAAUGCUGAAAUGAAUGAAUAUGGUGACCAGAGUAACACCUGGGCUAGGAAAGAAGAGAGGGAACAGGGAGGAAGCUUUUCUCCCCCCUUUGAAAAGGUCAUCUCCUAUGAGUGGCUAGACUUUUAAGCUUGAUGUAGUAAAGGUUUUGCAGGCAAGGGGAAUAAGGAAGACGUAAGUGGGUGGAGCUAUAACUCUGGGAAGGGAGAGUGUCUGCUGGGAUCCCCCAUCCCCAUUCAAUCCGCAAAGGCCAGGAGCAGAACGUCCUGGUGCAACAUCCAUUGCCAGUGAUGGAUACACUUGAAACAGCCAGCAUUAAAAAAAAAUGCUCUGUCUUUGUAAUUUUGUUCCACGUCUGACAGACUUAAAACUGGUACCAGGACUAUGACUAACUGUUGCCUUCUAGUAGACGUACUGUAUCUCCUACUUUCCACUCGCCGCCUUUCUGACUUAAAAUGUUGGUUCCCUAUUCACACAAAAUACUGCAACCAACUAGUGUUACUCUCUAUUGCUGCAGCAGGCUGCAAAGGGUCAAAGGAGCUCUGCUGUGUACUGGGGAGCAGCUUUGCCGCUGAUCUGGAAGUCUACUAAGGAGGUCUAAGUUCCUGAAGUUCCUCUGUGGUUGCAGGGGAGUGGUUUUUCUUUCUGUGCUUAGUUCACUCUUCCUUCAAACACAUGUACAGGUUUUUCUUUUCUUUCACUUCAUGUUGAAGUUUACAGUUGUUGUGUCAGAAAGAAGGGUAGGGCUGGGGCAUGUGGGCUGGAUAGCAAAAGAAUGAAGUCUAGGGGGCUACAUUUUUUCAACUUUUCAGACUUGAGGGGGGAAAAGUUGGGGGAGGGAAUGGGGCUUCCUGCAGGGGCUGGAAAGCUUUGUGAAGACACAAAAUGAGGCUGACGUGCAGAAAGAACCAAGGAGCAAUAAGGAGAGAUGCCACUUCGCGGUAGAGGAACUGGUCAGCUGAGCGUUGCACAAGGGUGGUCUUUUGGUUUCAGAUGCUUGAGGUCAGGUUUUCACUUAGUUAUGCAAGAGCUGGUUUUAUUUACCAUUGAUUACCCUCCUGUGGAUGAAAUAACUGAGGUCUAGAGGAAUAAACUAAUGCUACUGAACUGUUAAAUUAUUUUGUGUUAAUAUUACACUUUGAGUACCUUUUUCCACAAGAUCUGUUUCUGAAUUACAGAUGUUUUCUUUACAUUAUUUAACAAUGUACACUGUAAAAAAAAAAGAAAUAAAAGAAAUUCAAACCUUGGGCUUCCCUGGCCGUAGUUAAUGGUAUGUUUUGCACUAAAUCCAGGCAUUGCGCUUCCUGUAUGAUUGCGCUUUGUGCUGCAGUUUGUUACCUUCUUUGUAGAUAUUUAAUGAAAUCAUUCAAAUAAACCAAACUUGCUUUUGUU